UAAUAUAGUACAACUACUCUGCCUCGCUGCUAAUCAGUCUGAACGGUUCUGCUAGGCAAGUCUCAAGGACAAACCAUGCAUUCGAGAUAGAGAUUCCCCAUCAAAUGCAAAGGAAAGACAAUGCAUUGGGUUAAAAUAAGGGAUUUGUAAAUGCUUUAUUGAAAAAGAUAUAUCCUGGCUGGAAACCUUGGAAUGAAAGACUUUUCCUACCGAAGCAUUCCUCUUUUUUUAUCCUGAGAGAGAACAACAGGUGUUUCUCUAUUUUUCUUCUGCAAAGCGUGACCUUGCUGUGGUGACCCCUUCUGGGGGUUAUUUGUUGACAGUUUCCCGACAACAAGAGGAAUAACCCUAACAAACUGUUAUAUCAGUAAGACAAUUUUCAAKACAAAGUGGAGUGACAUUCUCUUGGCCCAUAGCCAGGAAUGGUGGAUAACUUCCUAGUGAGCGGCGYGGAGACUUUCUUAACUUACGAUAGCGCCCCUUCAGUGUAUCACCUGUCGGACAUGGUGACGGAUGCAGGGACCUACCAGGUGAUGCCCUCGCCCUUCUCCGAGGACGACCUGAGCGAGUCGUCAAGCCCUCGCUCCUGUUCUAGCCCCGACUCCCAAGUGCUCAGCUCCAGCUAUGGCAGCAGCUCCAGCGCCGAGAGUUCAGACAGCAUCCUGGACUUCCUGCUGUCCCAGACCUCCCUAGGCGGAGCAGGGACUGCGGCGGCCAUCCCCAUGUCACUGUCCACCUCUCUGUGGGACUCACAGAGGGAUGAGCCYUCCCACCCCCACCCAGAGGCCUUGAAGGAGGAGAGUGUGGACUUCUCUGUCUGGUCCUUGGUGGACAUGGAGCAGCCAUCCUUCCAGCCCACCUUGGAGGAGAUAGAGGAGUUCCUGGAGGAGAACAUGGAGGUGGUGUCAUCCAUGAAGCAGGAGGCCCGGGAGGGGGUGCUGGGGCUGGGUCUGGAGGAGAUCAUGGGGCUGGGGGUGGGACUGGAGGUGUACAGGGAGUCCUCAUCCCCAGGGCCAAGGCUGGAGCCCGAGGCCAAGCAUUCAGACCAAACUGUGUUUACUGAGAAUGCCGCCACCACCACCGAGACCAAAAGCACACCGGCCUCGCCAGCACAGGAGUCCAUAGAAGGUCUGCACGGCGACAGGUCCAAGAGUGAUUCAUUAUCCAGCAGGCUUGGGACCACAGAGAGCGUUGCAAACAGUGGCAGCAGUGGGAUGCCGGUCAUCCUGCAGAUCCAGCCCAUGCAGAUCAAAAAGGAAKCCAGUUCCACGGCUCCUCAUCAUCCUCCCCAAGUCGUCCAGCCUCCCCCUCAGCCGGCAUCAGACAUCAAAAUUGCCCAGCUGCUGGUCAACAUCCAGGGGCAGACCUUCGCCCUGGUGCCCCAGCUGCUGCCUUCCACCAGCCUUAAUCUCUCCUCCAAGUUUGUGCGCAUUGCUCCAGUGCCCAUUGCAGCCAAGCCCCUGGGCCUCGGGGAGGUGCUGGUUGGGGUCCAGGGCCAAGGGCUCCAUGUGGGGGGUCAGCAGUUUCAGAAGAACCCUGUGGCGGACCUCAUCAAAAUGCACAAAUGCACUUUCCCCAGCUGUACCAAGAUGUACACCAAGAGCAGCCACCUGAAAGCCCACCUCCGGAGACACACAGGGGAGAAGCCCUUCGCCUGCACCUGGCCAGGCUGUGGAUGGAGGUUCUCGAGGUCAGAUGAGCUGUCGCGACACCGGCGGUCCCACUCAGGGAUCAAGCCCUACCAGUGUCCAGUGUGUGAGAAGAAAUUUGCCCGCAGUGACCAUCUGUCAAAACACAUCAAAGUCCACCGCUUUCCGCGAAGCCGGACACUGCGCACAACAAACUGACCACACCCGGAUCACUCUUCAAUGGACAUAGGCCAAAGGAGCACGGAAUGUGUGUGUCUGUGAGAUGGAAUUUGUGUGAAUGUGUUUGUGUGAGAGUGUGGUAUGACUUACGGGGAGCGAG